GGCAUUUACAAGCAAGCAAGCGCAGCCAACCACUUUACUUUCCCGUACAAACACCGUCGUCCACCCAGCCGACAUGGAGAAGGCGACGCGAUGGCAGAGCCAGUACGUGCUGUCUGGGUGUGCUGCGAAGGUUGCAGAGCAGCUCGAUCAGCAAGCACAAGCUCAGUUGGGCCUGAAGCCCAACAUAGCAAGUCAACAACAGCAAGCCAAGGACAACCAAGCCUUUGAUGCCAGCCACAACGCGUCGGAUGCAGAUACAAACCCAACUCAAACCUUCUUCACUUGGCUCGAGAAGAUUGAAGAACAGAGAGGCAACGAGCAAGAGCGCGUGGUUGUGGAAUAUCUUGACUUGCUCAAGUCUUACAAGGACCGAAGUCAAGGCAUGAAGGCGGAAAUCUCGGCAGCCCUCACGGACUUGGAGGAACUGAGACAGCUGCAUUCGUCAGUGUCGUCACAAACCUCCGCCAUCCACCUUGCAUGCGAGCAGCUGCUGCAUGACGAGCGCGCACUUGUGCAGUCGUGCGAUGCCGUGAGCGCGCGGUUGCAGUACUUCAAGGACUAUGACCGCUUCCGCAAGCUCAUCAACUCGCCCACGCUCUCCGUCAUGAGUGACCAGUUUAUCGCCAUUCUGUCCCGCUUGGACGAAUGCAUCAUCUUUCUCUCUGACCAUCAAGACUACCAAGAUGCACAGAUGUACGUGACGCGAUUUCGGCAUCUGAGGAACAAAGGGUUGGCUCUUGCGCACACGCGCAUCACAAACACCAUCCGCUCCCUCAUGCAGCCCCAGUCUGGCGAGGCGGCCACGCCCGUUCGCGCCAUCCGCGCUGACGACCGCGCUGUAUCUCAAGUGCGCACGCUCAUGGAACAGCUGGAGCGGCGCCGCGCAAACGGCGAGGAGUACGGCAACCUCCUCCAAGCGUGCUACAACUUCUACUUUGAGCAGCGCCACAACAUUCGGGCCGACAGUAUCGCGCAUAUGAUUGAAUCCAACUUGCGUGAACACCACGCCAACCUACCUCGCCUCGUCCGCAACGGAUGUCAAUUCAUGAAAACGCUUUGUGAGGAAGAACGCAUCAUGUACAACCGCUUCUUCACCACCAUCAACGAAGGAUUCCACAACAUGAUUGAUGGAAUGACGCGACGAUUCUACGAUGCCGUUCGCCCUCUCAUUCUCCAGCGCGCUGUGUCGUUGGACGGGCUCAUCCAGCUUUGUACUGUCAUCAACGUGGAAGUGCUCGAGGAUGAGGAGGUGAUGUCGCCGUUUGCGUCUGUGGCGGAAGAGCUGUUGGCAGAUGUACAGGAGCGCCUCACCUAUCGCGCCCAGACGUUCAUCGACACGUCUGUGCGGCGGUACUCGCCCACAAAGCCCGACGUGGACUAUCCGGCGCGGCUGCAGCUCGGCACGGCCGCCGAUGCCACCGCGUCCUGGUAUCCGCCCAUCACCCGCGCACUCACCCUCCUCUCGCAGCUCUACCGAAGCCUCGAGCGGUCUGUGUGUGAAGGAAUUGCGCAGGAAAUUCUUGAUGCAGCGCUCUCGUCUCUCCACACGGGCGCGCGUCUGGUCAAGGCAGCAAAGGGCGCAUUCCAUGCUGAUCUGUUUAUGAUCAAGCACCUGCUUGUGCUCCGGGAGCAAAUUGCGCCGUUUGACUUUGCAUUUGCUGUGACGGAGGUUGGACUGGACUUUUCUUCCAUCCGUGAUGCCGCCGUGAGCCUGCUCUCGCAGACAAACACGCUCUUCCGCUUUGAUAAGACCAACGCCCUCUACUCCUUCCUUGUGAAGGGUGCGCCUGCGGUGACAAAAGACCGGCUGGACGCACGGCAGCAGAUUGACACGCAGCUGCGGGACGUGUGCCGCGCGUUUAUCGAGCACGAGGUGCAGGUGAUGGUCGCCCCAAUCAAAUCCUUUCUGCAGCAGGUUGAGAAGAUGAGCGAGAAGCAGCGGCAGCAGCUGCCAGCGAAAACACCGCCUGAGAAGCUGCGAUCCAUGCACGCGUCGAGUCAAACAGCAAUCGCCACAGAGGUUGAGAAGCUACGAAAGUUCCUGAACCUUUACCUGCAAAGCAGCGACACAGAAACCAUAUUGUUCAAACCAAUGAAGAAUGGAGUGCUGGAGGCGUAUCGGAUGGUGCAGGAGCUGCUGAGUAAAUACUACAGCGACAACGAGCGCGCAAGUGCACAAUGGCCUUCAUUGGAUACAGUCAGCGCACAGCUGUCUCUCACGCCAGCAGCGACACCAGCAGCGACAUCAACAGAGGUAGUUGCAUCACAAGCAGCAAAGGCAGACUCAUCACAAGCAGCAACAGCGCCAAUCACAGACGGGGUGCGCACGUUGAACGAGGGCGAAGCAACAGUGCAAACGCCGCCCGCAACAGUCACCGUCGGCGUAUCUGCUGUUAGCAAUGGCGGUGACGGGCACGUGCAGAGCGCCCAGGCAGCGACGACGUCCGUGGCAGCGUCAUCGCCAUCCGUGUCAUCGUCGUCAUCGCCGACAGAAGCAACGCACAUGCAACACCACCACCACCACCACCACCACCAGCAGCAGCAGCAGCACACCGAGCACGAUGCACAGAACGGCAGCACUGUUGCUGAGAGCUGAUGUGAAUGUGCGCAUGUUGCAUCUGUGCAUGUCAGUUUUGUACACACUUUGUUGUUGUCGAGCGUGCCCGCGUAUGUGGUGUGUUCGCUUGAGUUUCACUCCAUUGAGACCAUUGUACAGAAGCAACCGCGUGAGUUCAGUUUAAUACCACGUUAUCAACACCACAUGUCGUGCGAAUAAACAC